GUACAUUGAUCCCAUCAGGGUCAUCCUAGCAAUCAAUCAACUUUCAAUCCAUCCUCAACAAUCAAUCUAUCGCAUCUCUAACCACAAACUUCAUCUCAACUACCACUUCAUCUACCACACACACAACCUCAUCCAAAAUGUCCGAACAGACUUUCCACACCACCAUCCAGGACAUCCGCAAGCCUGAGUCCCAUGCCUCCCAUGCUCAUGAUGGCAAGACCCCCAAGAACUCUAACGUCUCCGCCAUGAAGUCCAUCAUCGAUGAAAACACCGACAAGCAGGCUCAGAUCGAUAAGGCCCAGUCCAACCUGCCAUUGCCCGAGGAUCCCCCUCGUGCUAGCGACUGGAACUCUAUGGACCAGAGAACCGUCAACGUCGGCUCGGGUGGUCGCGAAGGACCCGUUUCGGGCGAGAACAACAGCGCCUUGAGAGAACCCGCAACUGCAAGCAGCAGUGUCCGGGUAUCUGGAGAAGAAUACCACAAGAACACGCAACCCAUGAGUGGUGUUGGACGCCAGGGCAAGGAUAACCUUGAAGGUCUGCCCCGGGAUGCUCUUUACCGGUGAAUUGGAUAUUAUGAGUUAAUGUUGGGGAGGGCGUAUUGACUACGGCCUAUUUUUAUGUGUACUAUUAUGACUUGAGCAUUUAAUGAACCAAAAUGAAUGUCCUAU